GGUGUCUAUGCAGAUGAGGCCGGGCAGGCGAGCCAAUAGCUGUGCUGGGGGGGUGUCUAUGCAGAUGAAGCCGGGCAGGCGAGCCAAUGGCUGCGAUGGGGGUGGUGGUUAUGCAGAUGAGGCGGUGACAGCGCCGAGCUGCCGCAGGCGGAGCGCUUGGGCUGCGCUGUCCGGGGCCGCAGGGGCAGCAGCGGGAGCCGAGCCGGGGGGAUGAUCCGGGCGUUCUCCUUCCCCGUGAGCCCGGAGCGGGGCCGGCUCCGGGGCUGGUUGGAGGGGAGCCUGGCCGGGCUUUGCGAGCUCCACCUGCUGCGGGAGCGGCAGGAGCGCCGGGUGCGGCAGGCGCUGCGCCUCGGGACCGAGCCCGCCGAGCCGGCGGCCGGGGAGCCCGAGCCGGGCAGCGCCGGGGAGCCAGCCCCCGAGGAGCAGCUGGAUGCGCUGCCUGGGCUGAUGUGGGAACUGGAGCAGCAGGUGGGGGGGCUGCGGCUGUACCCCGAAAAGGCCUGCGGGGAGGCAGCCGAGACGGACAGCUGGCCCAGCUCAGGUUUCUACGAGGGUGCCUCCUCCGCGGUGGCCUCAGAGUCGCCAGCCUCCGGCUUCGGGGACUCUUCCGGCUUCCCCUCCGUCUCCGGCUCCUGCUCCCGCAUUGGCCAGGCCGAGUCGCGUGGCAGCUACGCCAGCGAGCGCCCCAAAUCCGUGGGCGAGGUGGGCAGCAGUGGCAAAGACAGUGCCGGGCGGGGCAUGGUUCCCCGCUCCUACUCGGCCCCCUACUCCAGCUCUCAGGACUACCCCUCCGAGCCGCCCCCGCGCCUCCCGCCCCGGGACAGCCUGGACCCCUUCCUGUACCCCAGUCCCCUUCACGCUGUGGCCAUGCAGAAUCCGCUGCUCCGCGGCCGCCUCUACGACGCUGCCCCCUUCUCACCGGGCCUGGCCUAUGGGGCGGAGCAGGCCGGGGGGCUGGAGGAGUUCGGGGGGCAGGAGCUGCCCUGUUACCCCGAGGCCGCGCACUGCCACAAGGUGGAGAGCUACAUCUCGCGGCUGAUCCGCCGGCGCAGCCAGCUGGCGCGGGGCGGGAAGCCCCGGACUAGCCUCAACGCUGAGCCGCCCGCCAAGGCGGUGGCCCGCCAGAACAGCCUCUGCAAGAGGCCCUCGGAGCUGCUGGCCCCCCCGGCGGAGCGCAAGCACCCCCCGGCCAUGGAGCGGGGCAGCAGCACGCCCUCUCCCUGCGGCUACGAGGGCGGGGCCGGCGCGGCCGCCCGGAUCUGGUCGUCCUGGGACGCUGCGGCCGAGAGGACGCUGGUCAGCAAGGGGGCCCCCGAAGGCUACGCCCCCCCGCACUCCAGCCUCAAGAAGCCCCCCAAGCUGCAGGCGCUGGCCCACCUCCGGCCUGCCCUGUCGGUGGAUCACUACGAGGAGGGGCCGGGCGAGGAUUGCGCCCAUGCCAGGAAUGGCCAGGAACCCCCUCCCUACGAGGAGAUGGGGGGCCGCCUCCUGCUGGCCUGCACCGAGGACGGGGCCUGCCAGAUGGUGAAGGCGCAGUACAUCCCGGCCCAGCAGCCCCCCCGUGCCCAGCAGGCCCAUCGAGGCGCCAAAAAGAAGCCCCCUCCCCUCACCAAGGGGCGCUCAAUGGAGCUGUCACCAGAGCGGGCCCCGGUGACACCCAGGGAGAGGCCUCGGGCAGCGGCGAUGCCCAAGAAGUGCCGCUUCACCGAGGAAGGUGGGGAAGUGCCAGGGGGGCGCCGGGCUAGUGCCAGGAAGGGCUCCCCCCGAGGCAAGAAGGCGGCUCGCUCCCAGUCAGAGAACAGCCUCCUGAACAAGCCGGGCGCCUCGGGCACCAAGUACCACACGGUGGAGCGGGACGAGGUGGUGCUCAAGCCGUCCCGGCAACGCCGCCCCCACCCCGGCGCCGCCGGCUACCGGAAGUGGCGCUCGACGGCGGAGAUCUGCCAGGAGGAGGCGGGCGCUGGGGAGCCGCGGCGGAGCCGGCGGGCGGGGCGGAGUGGGCCAGGCGCCGCCUCGCCCCCCCGCAAUGUGCUGUACGGCUAUGCCGGGAGCGACUCGGAGUGCUCGGGCGGGCGGGGCGGCGGGGUGCGGCGGGCCCCCGUGUGCCGGCUGGAGGAGGGGCUGGCUUACGGCGACAGCGAGUCCAGCCUGAGUGAGGGCGGCUCGCCCGCCUUCAGCACCGGCUCCAGCGACACGGACGAGAGCAGCGGGCUGGUGUGGCCCCAGCAGCUCUCGCCGCAGCUGGUCGCCAGCGCGGGGCCCGGCCAGGCCGGCGGGCGGCCCAAGGUUUUUGUCAAGAUCAAGGCCUCGCACGCCCUCAAGAAGAAGAUUAUGCGCUUCCGAUCGGGCUCCCUGAAAGUGAUGACGACGGUGUGAGAUCCUGGGCUGGGGGGGUCUAAAUCCCCCCCCCCGUUGCCCCCUGCAGCCUCGGGCUGCCCCCGACCCACACCCUCUCCAGCCUUCUCCGCCCCCCAACCAACUCUGCCCCCAUACCGUCCUGGCCGGGGGCAGCCUAACCCAUUCCCACUCUAUGUCCCCUGCCUGGUGGUGCCCCCCAACAAACCCUGCCCCAUACCCUCCUGGCCUGGGGGGGGUACUGACCCCCCUGCCAUCUACUCCCUCCAGCUUGGAGUAUCCCCUGACCCAUACCCCUCCAGCCUGAUCCACCACACUCCAUACCCCGUGGGGACUUUUGGGGAGGGGGGGGGGUUGACUCACCCCCCCCCAUCUACCCUCCCAACCUGAUCCAACCCCUCCAGGAUUAUCCAGACCACCCCCACCCUCAGCCUGGGAAUGUCACUUGCCCCAACCCCCAGCCUGAUCUGCACCCUGACCCGCCCUAGCCUGGGGGUUCCCCUCGACCCCUUAUUCCACCCCCCAGCCUCGCAGGCCCCUGACCCACCCUGGAUCCAUGCACCCUCAGCCUGGGGCCCCCCUCAUCUCAUGCCCCCCACCCCUACUUGCCUUGGGAGGGGCAUGUCAUUCCUCCCUCCCAGCCAGCUUUGGGGCCCCUCUGACCUCCUUUCCCGCUGGUCCAGUUCUCCUCCCCGGGUUGCCAAUUUUGGUUGGAUGUAUUUCAUCACAUGACAUCAUCUUUAAUUAAAGAUUUGUCUUUAAUUCCCGGAGACUCCAGGCCAAUCCUGGAGGGGUGGCAACCCUUUCUCCUCCCCCUUUGCCCUACUCCCAGAUCCUCCUCCCCAAACCCUUCCCUGCCUGGCCCUGUGAUGCAAACAUCAGGCUGGAAGCUGGUCGGUUCAAGCCCCCAGGUUUCAUUUUUAGCAGAGGUGCAAGAUGCCCCCCUCGCCUCCCACCCGUCUGCAUGGGUGGGGGGAUGCCGUGAUGGGGCAGGGGGCGCUGGCUGCUAGGGGUCAGUGGGUUACAUUGCAGCUGGGCAGCUGGUGCUAAAAUUAAUUCGGGAGGGAAUUGGGUGGGGGAGCUGCAAUCUGCCCUGGCUUCCCUUCACCAUUGUUCGUGAGCACUCACUUCCCUGGUGCGAGACCCUCGCUGCCAACCCCACUCCUGUCCCAGAGGAAAUGGCACUGGGGGAACCUUUUAGUGGGAAAAUCCUGAUGUCGAGCUGCAUUUGAGACGCUAACGGUGAAACUGGGGCACUAGUGAAAUUGUGGGCGCUGGGGUGACACCCCCUGCAUGGGGUGGUGAGCUGCGUUUGGGGCGCGAGCCAGGAGGUUGACACGCUGAUGUGAUCAUGUCUGAACGGACGAGCUCUUUGGGUCUGUUAAUGGUGAUGCUGUGGGCACUAGUGAGCUUGUGCCAACACUCUGGCGGCUGGUACCGAGCCAUGGCUGGGGCACGAGCACUGUAAUCGUGCCCCACUAGUGUCACGAGCAUUGUAAUCAUGCCCCACUAGUGUUCAUCGCCUUGCUGAUUUUGCGGCCUGCUGGGAUCUGGGCCCCACCAGGCUAAUGGCAGCUUCUGGGUUAGGACGGGCCUCUGUCUUUCCCUGCACGUGGAUCAUGCCCCAGGGCUUCGGCAUGAUGGAUUAAGGGUGCAGAAAUCUCAGGGUGGUGGCACCCCCGUCCUCUCCCUUUGGGAGCCUGUGCCUGGGUGCAUGGACUCUGGCUGCCCCCCCGCACAUGCUCCCACCGCUGCAACCCCUGAUGAACGUGGCGGGCAGGACGGCGCUGUGGUCCCAGGGGCAGGAGAUACAGGGGCCUUUCCCCGCUAGCUCCCAAUUACCCGCCCAGCCCAGCUGGGUAACGCUGCCCCAUCUGCAAUCAGUCUGCUGGGUCUCAGCUCACACCGGAAGACACCAUAAGCCCGGGAGCUGCUCACCAUCCCACUCUGCGGCCGGAGCUGAGACUGACUCAGGGCAGCAUUUGGGGUGCAGGCGUGGGUUCCCCCUGCCCGGGGUUGUGCCCAUUCUGAGGCUAGACCAGGAAGAACCCCUCUCUAAGGGUCACCAUCUCAGCAGCGAUAAAAUUCCCAUCCCCAGAUGUGUGGGUUUCAUCUCUGCCAGGGAGGGGAUGGGAGCCCAGGGCCGGUUACUGAGGAGAUCCAGCCUGUUCCGUUACAUCGCUACCCUGAAAUAGACGCCCGUGCCUGCUACAGAGAUAAUUAACUUGCCAACAGGAACACAGCUUGUGUUAUACCCCUGCCACCCGGCCCUGCUAGCGGGGGAACGGCUGGGCCAGCACUUCUGUGGAGCGACGUUCACCCCGUCGCAUGCUUUUUAAAGGAACGUAUUUAUUAUUCUGAUUUUGUAACGUAACUCUCCUGGAGUCCGUGCUGUACAUAGGUACCUCCCUGGAGUCUGUGGCAAAGCCCCCUGCCAGUCUUGUAUUUCUAUAUAUAAUUUCCCCCUCCUCUUCACCCCGUUUUUGUAAAUAAAAAUCUGUGUUAUUUGUG